AUGGAGCCACAACAGAUCAGAGAGGGAUACUUGGUGAAAAAGGGUACAGUGCUUAACUCCUGGAAGGCCGUGUGGGUAGUGCUGUCAGAAGAUGGGCUGGAAUUCUAUAAAAAGAAAACAGACCGUUCUCCGAAAGGAAUGAUCCCACUAAACGGAGCCAAGCUCAUCAGUCCUUGCCAGGAUUUUGGCAAGAGGACGCUGGUUUUCAAGAUCACCACAGACAAAAAGCAGGAUCACUUCUUCCAAGCCUCUCAUGUGGAGGAGAGAGAGGUGUGGGUCAAGGACAUCAAGAGAGCCAUUACCUGCCUGGAAGGGGGGAGAAAGUUUGCCAGGAAGUCCACAAGACGCUCCAUUCGCCUGCCUGACACAGUUAAUCUCAGUGAACUGUACAUACUGAUGAAAGACCAAGACGAUGGAGUAAAAGAGUUAAAACUGGAGCAGGAGAAUCGAGUUUUCAACCACUGCUUUGCCGGUGCGACAGUGAUAGAGUGGCUGAUUUCAAAGGAAAAAGCAAGAAAUAGGCCUGAGGCCCUCAUGUUAGCCACAGGACUUCUGACUGAAGGCUUUCUCCAGCCAGCAGGCGACCUGUCAAAAGACGGAGUGGAGAGUGGAGAGGAAACAGCCUUCUUAGAUCAGACAUGUGCUCUUUAUUACUUUGCUGACAGUGGGUUCUUCUGCGAAGGCUACUCCAGUGAUGAAGAUGUGCUUCUGAAGGAAGAGUUCAGAGGAAACAUCGUAAAACAGGGCUGUUUACUGAAACAGGGACAUAAGAGAAAAAACUGGAAGGUGCGAAAGUUCAUACUGAGAGACGACCCUGCUUAUAUGCAUUACUAUGAUCCUACAAAGGGUGAUGACCCUCUGGGCUCGAUCCAUCUCCGUGGGUCUGUAGUUACAGCUGUGGAGUAUGUGCCUGAUGCCAAAAAAUAUGACAUUGACGGCAACCUUUUUGAGAUCAUCACCUCAGAUGAGACUCACUACUUUCUCCAAGCUGCAGCAGCUGAAGAAAGAAAGGAGUGGAUCAAAGCAAUACAGGCUGUGUCAAAAAGUGGAAAAUAAGCAGCAGUGGAGCAGCCAUAGUGGAUCCUCGUGAAAUCCCACGUUUGAAAUGUGCAAAGUAUUACUAAAUAUUUAUCAAAAUGUGUUAUUCUAGAGUAUACCAUACUAUAUACUAUCAAACUAACGUCAUGACAUUUUUUUGCAGAAUGUAGCUAAAGAAAAAUAAAGGUUAUGAUGUCUUCAUUUAGCAGUAUAGCUUUUUGCUGUUGUUGGCCUAUUAUUUUUUUGUGUGAAUAUGAU